ACAUGGAUCGUGGACAGUUCAUAGAUAUAGGCGCAUUUGAUGUAGAUGCUGUUGAUAUGGAUUGUGCUCCACAGUCAGCUGAACAGUACCUACAGCAGGUAAUAGCAGAUCGUGUACGAGGUCCAUCGUGUGUGUCCAUAAUCCAGCCCAGUGUAUCCGACUUAGAAGAAACAGAAAAAGAAGCUCCUCCUAGCACAUCAACAGCUGAACGGGAUCCCCGUGCACCCUCUAGAGAGUGGUGUACUGCGAAAGUGGCCGAGUUCUCUGUGAUGCGAUCUAGGAUGGAGAAAGCACCGAGAAAGAAAGCAAUGAGGUUGCAAUGGCCUAAUUUGACAAAUUCGGAGCAAUGGGAGGAGUUGUUACUGCGACGUUGUCAUCCGAAAUGCGUACAGUUCUUGCCAUCAUUCCCUAAUCAUCAAGGGACCCCACCAGCUGUCCCUAUUGUCUUGAGUCUAACCUCAGCUAUGGUUGAAAACGUGAUACAGUAUGCUGUAGAAUGGGCUGAGUGUGAUGGACUCUCUAGGCCAUUGAGGGAAUGGAUUUUUGCCCUACUGCUGCUGAUUCACAAGCCUGUGAUGCCUGACGUAUGCGCCGCUAUGCGAUCAUUGGCAAAUCUUUGUAGGAGGACCAGAAGUUCUAUGGAUCUGGAAAGGUAAUU